UUGAGAUAAUAAUUAAAACAUGUCAACCUCGUCCUCAGGGGGAAAAAGAGGAGCAAGGGUGGCACAGUUGGUUAGUGCGCAGCCUUCGGGGGGAGAGGUCCCGAGUUCGAGCCUGGUGUCAACACCUCCUUAUUUCAACUUCUCUAUUUUCAAUGUAGCUUUGACUAGCUUUAAAUACCCUUAAAACGGAGAAUCAAUGGAGAGAAGGGGGUAAAAGGAGCGCACCGUCGACCUCAAGUUUAUCGGUUAUUAUUACUGUCACGAGUUAUUGACGUAAAAUAUGGUCGCUUUACCUUUUUCUACCUUUUUGUUAAGCCCUGGGGAAGAGGUUGUAAAAUAUGCCUCUCCAGGAAUUUUUAACACUCUUUAUUUUUUGCACAUUUGCAUUUAUUAAGAAGUGUAUGAGGUCCCUGCAUGCCUAGACACCUGUAAGCGGUUCAUUCACUUCAGAGCCUUUGGACCAGAGUGUUACUGGUAGGUCUAUACGAUCUUUCAAAAAAAAGGAAGGUCGUCGCGUGCGUUACAAUUUACAAACAAACUAACUUCAGAAGAGCUGAAAGUUACAGGAACAAGACCUCUUUUAGCCAACCAAUGAUGCAUCAUUUAUGAAAAUGAAUGUAAUUUGUUUGAUGCAAUUAGGCGAAUACUUAAUGGUUACGAAAUCUUACGAUCAUAAAUUCCUAAAGAGAAAUUCAGUUACCAACUUUUCACAAAAUAAUGCUGUGGAAAAUUACAUAAAAUACCAAAAAAAGCAAGGGUCAACAAUAAUUAUGGCCUGGUCCCUUAUAAUAAUGGAGUGGUCAUGAUAAAGAAGCCCAUCAGCCCCAACUGUGACCACUCAAACAGAUUUUUGACAGAUUACAUACUGCAAAACUUUGCAUUCACUUAUGCCUAUGUUGCCACACCAGGAGCCUAGAAAUCGGCUCCUGGUCACACCUUGUUUUUAUUGCUGAAUAUCAUUCUAAAGAGCUUUACGAAAUAUUUUGUUGAUAGGGGUGUUUUGAACAUGAUUGAUAUUUAGAGAUGGUGACAAAAACGAACACAAAAAAGUCACAAAACGAGACGCAUGAAACAACCGCAAUCUAAUAUUCGUGUUACACCGAUAUAAUGGCUCCUUUGGCUGCUAUGCUGACGUUUUUGAAGAUGGAAGUAGUAUCACAGCUAGUCCCGGGUUAGGUAUACCAUUUAUUACCAGUUUCACGGUUCCUGAGACUUAGGGCCCGUUAACAUAAAGGUGGGAGACCCCAGGUAGGUAACCUGCUUAGGUGGGGUAAAAAACAUGACUCUCCUUUACAUGCAAUCUUACAACCCCGCCAUCCUGGGGUGCAGUUUCUCAAGAUUAUUGAAUGGUCGCUAAGCACGUAAACAAGAAAAAUGCUGGCAAACCACGUCUACGCUCAAUUGCUGCUCUUGCUGCAACCUUCAGUGUUGUGGCUUUAUAUUGUUACCUUUAAUAAUUAUGUGAAGCCACUCAGCGCCAAAAUGAAUUUUGCGCGAAUUUGAUGUAUCACGAAUCCGACCCCGACUAGCCUGGGUUACCUCACCUUGAAACGUUGACAUGGCAAAAUUUGACCUCAGCUGAGAGGGUUACCUGGUGUGGCAGACCGGGUUACCCACCUUGAAGGGUGACCCUCAGCAGUUAAACUAUUCAUCAUUUAUCAUUUGAGUCAAUCUUGUACCACUUGAGUCUCACUUUUACGACUUGAUAAGCUGUUAUUAUUUUUGAACAUGAGUGCCUUCAGUGCCAAAUGAAGAGGCUUCAUGAUAAACUGUGCUGUUUUUUGAAGCUUGGGCUAACUUGUUUCUUUUUUUCGUUUAUGAGACCAGAUUCUUUUUUCUUUGUUUUUGCUUUGUAAAGCUUAGACAAACUGCGGAAAUUGUAAAUGAUAUGACUUGUGCCACGGUGCUUGCUUCUCUGUCAAAACAUGCACUUGCGUCCAGCAGAUAACUGGAUAAAGAGAGACUGAAAGGCAUCCAGGCCUAUGUUAAGCUGAAAAAUUAAUUACCUCCCUAGGAAAGAACUAUUUUGGGUUCUGUCAUUUCGUUAUUUGCUCUUCAUGAAUAGCUGUCAUAAAUCCCUGAUAAUAUGUGACACAACAGACUCUUUGACAAUUUCUUUUUUCUGAAAUUUUGUGUGUAAAUCGCUAUGCCAUACGCUUUCUUCAGCUUAAAGUGACAUGUAAUGACAAGUAAUACUUGAUAAAUAAGACUUAAGCCACACAAUAAGGCCUCCUCUAAUUGAAGUACAUUAGAAAAGGGGAAGAGAACCCCAGAAGCUGAGUACUUGCAAGUUAUGAAGCAAAGACGAGGCCAUCUUAGAAAUGACUUAUGAAAAUGUAGGCGGACUGUGGACUUGCUUUGAGGGCACAGUAAUAAUCAACUUAAUUAUACAAUCAAUAAGCAAAAAUGGAUGGGAAUGCCAGAUGUUCGAGUGAAAUUGUUGUUUACAACAUGAGAAUAGAAUUCAGAGUGAUUUAAGGUAUUAAAUAACACUUUUCGAUCAAAACACCACAGGGACCCCAGCAGGUGAAAUUUACAAUAAUUAAAUCCUGUUUAGCACGCUUCAGUGGCAUAUUUGCAGUGGGCACCCCCUCUAAUAUUCAUGGUACUGCAAUAAGCUAUCGCUGUGCAAAGUUUGGUACUUUUGUCAACUCUGUAACGAUCCUGACCCUAAGAGACCUGACUAUGAGUAGCUUGUUCCAGGCGUUCUGUUGGUGGAGUGCGAGAGAGUAAGAGAGCGGGAAAAAGUAAGGAAGAAGAGAGGUAAAGAGGAGAAAACGCCUGUGAGAUUAGUUUUCAAAAGGUAAUUCCGCCCACUUUCUCGGCUAGUAAUCCGACCCUAGUUUCCGGUGUUAACAGUUGUCAAUCAAGCAACGGUUGACAGACCGCACUGUUUACUGAAUUAUGUAAAAUGUACUACGGGCUUUUCCUCGCUCUCACCCCCUAGUCCACCCCCUCGCCGUUUUUUCCUGGUCACAUCUCUUUGGCGCCGUCCCCAGGAUCUGAGCGCCUGGAACAGGCUAACUACUGAGCAAGAGAAUUGCCCAGGGAGUAGGUUGCCGUUGUGGGAUUGGAUUGUCACCUGGCUGUGUAGGGGUGGUUUUCAUGUCUUAGUGACCCACAGAGUAGCCUGUGUCGCAGACUUAUCUAACCUCGGUUAGUAACGUCUGCGAAGCAGUGCUAAGAAUCUUGUUCUGCGCCCUAACGCACUCCACGAAUUACCAGAAGUGCGUUUUGAAUUUCCCUUUAUCCUAUUGGCCAGUCGAACAAUGGCUUUUUUCAAAUAGGCCAACCAGAGUAUGUUCUCAUUUCUUGGUACACAGCAGGGGGUCCAGGAUAAGGUUUUCGGCGCCGGAUCGCAGAUGGACUUAUCCAGAGGUUUAGUUUCGUGUGUGGCGCAGACUACCAAGUGCUCCACGUUUGCUGAAGUAGGGCCAGCCGUGCCGGUCUGCUAGACGAAGAAAAGGGCAGAGGCUAAAAAGAGUAAUUCCCGUAUACUCCAAGUUGGAGUUAGGAGUUUCAGUCGCGGCAACAUUUCCGCAUGAUCUUAAGCGAGAAAAAUAUAAUUUCUUCGUUGGUUGCUUAGCGUAAUAGCUUCUAUCUCGAUUUUGUAAAAGGCAAGCAAUAGUGCCUUUCUGCUAUCGAAGCACAUUGAUUUUAUUUAAUGUACUUUGCAAUUACCUAUUCACAGGAUGAGCAAAUUAAUAAAGACCUCUGGCAAAGCCUAUGUCGACCUCACCGUGUCCUUUGAGGGUGACGCCAACGACGAUGACGAUCUGCCAGGACCUCCCGUGCGGUACUAUUUUGGGUCCUAA